GUUUUGUUUUCGUUUUGCUCAGUUAAAUUUAAUUCAUAACUUUAUUAUUGUAUUCCUUUAGAUAUUUAGAUGCUGUUACUGAUUUUCAAUAUAAAACUAGUUACAAAGAAUAUAAGCGAAUAGAGAUGACUGCAUUCGAAAAUUUAUCUCCUUCACAGAAAGUUCGAGCAUCACUCCACCGCAAUGUCAGAGGGAUUUGCACGGAGGCCUUACAUCAACUCGGCAUGGAUAUGACGAAGCCCGCCAUGGAGAUAGUUGCAGAGCUAGUAUACAAGAAACUGAAAAUAUAUGGGACAGAUUUGGAAGCCUUUGCUAAACAUGCCAAACGGAAUACAGUUAAUUCUGAGGAUGUGAAGCUUCUGGUUAGAAGAAAUCCUUCACUGAAAACACAUCUAAACAAAAUACAACCAUCAAAUCCUCUACUCAAAGAAAAACGUCGAAAAACCAUAGCCACCACCAAACUCACUACAUCAUCUAAGCCUAAAGAGACCAGACCUAUAGAAGAUAAAAAUGAUAAAACAGAGAACACAGAUACAAAUGAACUGAGAGAGAGUGAGAUAAAAGAUGUGGGUUCAAAUUCGAAGGAUGAUUCGAUCGAGAAAAGGAUGGCAAGUGAAGUGGAACAGAUGUCGGUGGAUGAUGUUGUUGAUCUUACUUUUGAUUGAAAUACAUAUACUGUUCUUAAAA